AUGGAGCAACGACAACAAAGGUCACGUUCUUCGUUUUCUUAUGAUCUAACCUCAGAGAUACUCUUACGUCUACCUGCCAAAUCCGUUGGGAGGUUUCGUUGCGUGUCAAAGCUUUGGUUAUCAAUCACAACCGAUCCAUUUUUCAUCAAGACGUUCGGAGCCACACGUCCAAGUGUUCUACUCUGCUCAAUAGAGAGUCACAAUUUGUUUGUUACCUCUACUCAUACUCAUGAUCAGAGUUCAAUCAGGUCCUACUCUUCUUCUCAGCGUAUUCAUCCUUAUCCUAUGAAAUUUCCAGGAUGCUUCUCUAGUAUGGAUUCUGUCCACCGUUUGAUCUGCAUUGAAGAUACCACAAAGCCCCUGGUUUGGAACCCUACCACUGGACAGUUCUUACCUUUACCCACACCUAAUAUGAGCUCAAGAUCUUUUGACAUGUUUUUAGGAUACGAUUCUUUUGAAGGUAAACACAAAGUAGUGUGCCUUCCUUAUAUAAAAACUUGCUACUUCUGCCAAGUUUUUACAUUGGGAUCCGGGCAAGAAUCAUGGAAAACCGUUAGAACUAAGCUGAAGCAUAGGCAUCGUGGCCAUGCUUUUGGUCAAUCCAUCAAUGGGGUGAUAUAUUAUCUGGCUUAUAAUACAAAUAAUGAUAGGGUUAUAAUGAGCUUUGAUGUCAGAUCCGAAAUAUUCCGUAUGCUAGACCUACCCUCAAGUAUUCAUUAUAGGGGUGUGCUGAUAUCUUACGAAGGAAGAUUAGGUUGUAUUGAUGGAGAUAAUAAAACAAGAUUGUGGAUUUUGGAGGAUGCUGAUAAACAUAAGUGGUUGUUUCAAGAUUUUCGUGUACCUUUGCAUAUGUGGACUCUGAAUCUAAUUUCGAGUGAAGAAAAUAACUAUUUUCAAGAUUUUUAUAACCGUUUUGAACUAAAAGGUUGCACUCAUGCUGGUGAGUUUAUUUAUGUGCCUUCCAGGUUCCACAAAUCAUCGUCUUUUAUUGUGUUCUACGAUCCGGUGAGAAACAGUUGUAGAAGACUCAAAUUUGAAGGAAGCGUGGAUGAGCUCAAUAUGCAUGUCUUCCCGAAUCACAUUGAAACUCUUAUGUCUUUGUAA